UCCCUCGUUGGGCUUCUCUGGGUUUUUCAGCAUACACAAUCAUGCUAUUAGUCUCGUAGCAGGAUUUGCAGGUUUAGAUUUAGGCAUGGCUACUGUAAGGAUGAGGAUGCUGCUGCUUCCCUCGUCUUCUAAUGCGUCAAUUAUUCGCCGUUUCCUCCAUUCUCCCUCUCAUCUUUCAUAUCCUUUGGUCCCUUCUGCUCCUUUGCCUUCUUCGUUUCUUUCGCUGCGGCCCCGCCCACCCACAACCCUUUCUUCUCCUCAGACCUUUUUCGCUUCGCCUAUUCUUUCUCUUCGUUUUGCCCCUCAAUCUUUCCAGGUGCGCUGCGGCGGCAGUCUGAAAGCUAAGGGUAAACCUCGUGGCCCACUAUGGCGCCAGCGCAAAGGUGUCAGCAAAGAAGCAUUGCAGGUUGUGUUCGAGCUCAAACGAUGCAAGGGCGACAAACAAAAAGAGAGAGUGGUAUUGCAAAACAGUGCUUCACGGUUGCUGAAGAUGGAUUUACUCAUGGUGCUUGAAGAGCUCCGUCGCCAGCAGGAAUGCUCCCUUGCCAAGCAGGUCUUUGAUAUGGUGCGUAAAGAGGAAUGGUACAAACCCGACGUAUUUUUGUAUCGAGAAAUGAUGGAUACAUUUGGGAAGAAUAAAUUGAUGGAGGAUGUUGAGGAGUUCUAUCAACAGAUGCAAGAAGAGGGCCUCGCUCCAAAUGCCAUGAUACUGACAGAGAUGAUGGGAGCUUACAUCCGCAACAACAAUAUCACCCGCGCAUACGAAAUUUUUGAGGAAAUUGAGCAAGGAGGCCAUCAGCCAGAAUACGUUAUGUAUGAAAUCCUUUGUCGUGGGCUGAAGAAAGCAGGAGAUUUUGAAAAGCUGAAGAUUGUCAUGGAGGCUUGUGAGAGAAGGUUUCCAGACAGUCCACCUCCAUUCUCCAAGAUGGUUAUGGAGCGUGGCAUGUGAUCAUCUCUUUAAAAAAAGGCUAUGAUUAUUUUGACCCUCUUGACAUAUAGCAUUUUUGUAAGACUUUGAGACAAGUAGUUACCAAACGAGAAUUCUUGGAGAUGAGCAUUGUUUAGGGUUUAGGGUUUACAUGUACUGCCCUUUAGAUUCUCCAAAAAACUCUGUAGGUGUUUUAAGAGCUUGAGAGUUGGCAUCAGCGCAGUUUUAGACUCUGAUCACGCUGGGCAGUGGCGCAAGUGAGAAACUUAGAUGUACAUUUUUCAACAUCUUUACAGUAUCAGGUGAAUUCCACCUCGCCUAUAUUUGCACUUUUUA